AUUAGCAGAUAGAUUAUUAUUAUUAUUCAUUAUUAUAUGCUCUUUGACAUCCUUAAAUGUACAAGCUCGAGCGAAAAAUAGAUUAGGACGCUACGGCACUUGGUGCUGUACGCAAUCUGCUUUCUGCUUUCUCCUUCUUCUUGGUUAGAUGUAGAUAUGGCGUCUCCGUUCACGCGUAUCGUCGAAUGCUACCAAACCCAUCUUAUCCAAGGACAAUCCUUGAUACCAGUGCUCUUUGCCGAGGUACAUAUUGACUAAUCACACAGGAAGUUCUGUGAACGAGAUCAUCUAUUCCCUACGUCCUGCAUUUUUUUGAAUUUUCUAUUCGGUAAAGAUACUCUGAGUUUCGUUGGCGCUGGACUGAUUCUUUUUUUCUUGGGUGACCAAGAAUGGAUUUUCUUGAGGAGGGGGAGCCUAACUAGGAAUUCGUUUUACUUGGGAAAAGAUGGAUUUGCAGAAUAACUUGCAACCUGAAUCGGGAAAAUUGGAACAGAUUGUUUCUCAAUUUCUUUUGAAGAGCUUACAUGUCAUUUUAGACUCAAGGGUUCCUUCUCUUCACCCACACGAUAGAAGUGGUGAGUUAUCACUUGGAUCUCGGGUGAAGAAGAGUGAUAAAUGGUUUAACUUGGCAUUAGGUGACCGACCUGCUGCUCUAGAUAAUUUAAACUUCUGGCAUAGGAAUUUGAUGGAACCAAUGGUAAUAGACAUUAUACUAGUUCAAGAAGGGGCAGGUCCGUCUCUGGCAAUGGGUUCAUCUGUUGAGACAGUUAUAGAGAGGUGGGUUGUUCAUUACGACUGUCCACGAGUAAUGGCUCAAACUAGUGACAUUUCAGGCAUUUACAAGAAGACAUACAAGAAGUCAAUCAUACUGUUCCGUUCUCUGUAUUCUCAGAUGAGGCUUCUUCCAGCUUAUCGUAUCUUCAGGCAGCUAAGUACAUCAAGUCAGACUUGUAAUUUUGAUAUUAUUUACAAAGUUUCUUCAUUUAGUGAUCCUUUCUCUCGGGCAGAGGAGAAAAUGAUGAAAGAAUACAAAUUCACUCCGGUUGAGGCCCCUCCGGGCUGCCUUUCUAUAUCUGUCAGCUACCGUACCACACUAUCUGAUUUCAAGCUUGAGUUUUCAACACCAUUGCCACCAAAAAUAAUCACUGAUUAUGUUGGAAGCCCCAAUACUGACCCUUUGAGAUAUUUCCCUCCCUCAGAGAAGGGUGUUAGGUCCACGUCCUUUCCACUGAGAGGGUUACCACCACAAUCUCCAGUACCACCACUUGAACGUCCUCAUAGCUGGACCAGCGGCUUUCAUAGGGGAGCACAUUUUGUACCAAACCAACCCUAUGUUGGAUCCCCACCAGUGCAUCGUCUUCCUUCCAUGCCUAAUGAUUAUCCAUCUUCGCCUCUUGAUAAUUAUGGUAUCAGAGUUCAUAACCAGCGAAUGCUGGCCCGACAAAGAUCUACUAGUCAUGAUGAGUAUCAGCUUUCUCCUCCAUUUUCACAUUCUCCAUCUCCAUCUGCACCUAACCCAAUGCGUACUCGUAUGCGAUCUGAAACUGCCCCUGUAACUAUACCUCAUUCAGUGAUUGGCAGAAGUUCUAGAAACCUCUCUCCUAAUCUUUCAGAUCAUAGUAGAAAUUCUCUACCACCUUUAUCGCCCAGAAGCAUUAAAAAUGACACUUCGUCUCAGGAGUCUCCAUCUGGAAUGAGGUCGUUCAGGAAAAUAGAAGCUUCAAGGAUUGGAGAGAUGCAAUCUGGGAUAACAAAUUAUUCUGGUCUAAAGUUUGUCAAGGAUAACAAGGACGAUUCUGGGAGAUUCUCAGGAUUGUUAUCUUCAAGUGGCUCACCACGGAUUGGAUUUUCUAGAAGUUCCAGCAGAUUAUCUUUACAGGAUGACUUGGAUGAUGGUGAUUUCUCAUGUCCUUUUGUUGUUGAUGAUGUCGAUACACCAGAUGUUAACCCUAGGGUAAACAGUCAAAAUGUGGAUGGUACGAGUCCUUCAGAAAUUACUUCAACAUCAAUGCCAAUGGGAAGAAAGUCACAAGAUGCUGCUGUGGGUGUUCUUGUACGCAUGCUUAGGACAGCGCCUCCGUUGCGCCAAGAUCCGAGUUGUUAUUCGUCCCCUUCCUUGAAGACUGAAUUUGAGGAAGGAAUUGCUACUGCUUCUGGAUUCUUCCUGCCUCGAAAGACAUCGGAGGCGCUCGAAGAGCUCAAGAGUUACCGAGAAAUGAGAGACCUUCUUCUUUCUAAGAGUGGGAAUCGAGUCAUGAGAAAAGAUGAAACUUAAGCUUGCUUGCUGAAACGAUAAUCAUUUCCUUCUCUUCAUGUAAAUAGUUGAGGGAGUUGAUGCUGUGUGGGAAAGUGGUCCUCCUACCAAAUGGGCCAAAACUAAAUGUUUAACCUAAUUUCCUGAGUUUUUAUUACAGUGAAUCUUUUGUAAUCUUUUUCAAGGAUUGGAGAGAUGCAAUCUGGGAUAGAAUCAGAUCUGUAUUAAUUAGGUUGAUUCCCUAUUUCCCUUAUGUAAUCUGAUCCUCAGUGAAUAAUACAGAGAAUCACUAUUCAAAACUUC